GCCCCGCCACCAAGCAGCCCCGGCCGCCAGGCGGCGCGCAGGUGGCGGCCAGCGUCCGACCGGCGACGGCCGCGGCGGCCGGCAGUCCACUCUGCGACGUGUCCGAGAGCGGCACGCACGUGCAGCGCGGCCCGCCGAGCCCCCACACACCCGAGAUGGACACGUCGCGCACCGCGCCGCCGCCAAACGACCUGGCCGGCGUCGAGGCCGCCAGUGCCGAGUGUCGCGACAAGAACUUCCUCUUCUCGGACACGCGCAGCGGCGGCCGCGAUGUGUGGAUCGUGCGCGGCUUUCAGAUCUCCAAGCUGACGCUGUACCAGGUGCUGACGGUGGCGCUGGGAGUGCUGGCCGUGCUGUUUCUGAUCCUGCUCAUCGCCGUGUCGGCCGGCGGCGGCGGCGGCGGCGCGCCGAGCAGCAGCGCGGCGCCCAGCACCGGCGCGCUCACCAGCACAGAGUGCGAGAAGCCCUCCUGCAUCCAGCAGGCGGCACAAAUGGUCGGCUACAUGAACUACUCGGCCAACCCCUGCGAGGACUUCUACGAGUAUGCGUGCGGCCAGUUCAGCAUCAAGCACCCGCGCGGCAUCCACAUCAGCUACGGCGUCAGCAACAUGCUGGAGGACUACAACCGCGGCCGACUGGAGGAGCUGCUGGAGCAGCCGCAGUUCCACGACGACGACUCCGCCACCAGUAAGGCGCGCACCUUCUAUACCUCGUGCAUCAACGCCUACGACCAAAACGAGAACACCGUCUCCCAAAUGGUGGAACUCAUCAACUCGAUGGGCGGCAUGGAACUGUUCGGCACGUGGAGCGAGGAGGGCUGGGACUUCUUGCGCACGUUCCAGAACACACGAGAGGUGCACCGUGUGCGCCUCUUCUUCGUGGUGAUCUGGUUCCAGAAGCUGGACCGGAUCAUCAUCCGGCUGCCUCGUCUGGGACUGAGCCAGCGCUCUGCCUACCUGUCCGACGACCCUAUGUACAACAGCACCAUGGACAACUACCGCCGCACUAUGAGGAGCGUACUCAGCCUGCUGGAACGUGACAGCAUGGUACUCGACUCCAACGUAAAGCGGAACUGCAGCAAGUCGUGCAUCGACGACAUCGUCGACGACAUCAUCGACGUAGAGACGCAGAUCUCAAAGCUCUCGCCGAGCAUCCUAGACAUUCUGCCGGGCCCGCGGAACAAGGUGAACCUGACCGACCUGAGCGGUCUCACCGACCGCAUCGACUGGCAGGAGCUGAUGGACGCUCUGUUCGGCAAGGGAGCCAUCACAAACUCUGUAUCCGUGCACAUCCCCAGCCGGGAGUACAUGCAGGGCAUCAACAGCCUCAUCAACGACACGCCGAAGUCUAAGAUGCAUCACUACAUGAUGUGGGCUCUCAUCCGGCAGUAUCUGCCGGCGCUCGGACCCAAGUACUCCAUCCUAGGCCAGGAGCUGGAGCACAGCAUCGAUGGACGGGAGACCAAGCCGCGUGAGCAGAUAUGCUACGACCUGCUGCGCACCUACAUGGGUCGCGCCGUGCGCGCUCUCUUCAUCUCGGGCCACAUCGGAGACCAGAAGGUGUCCGCUGUGCGCUCGCUGGUGGAGGACGCCCGCGAGGUGCUCAACGAAAGCUUCGGCUGGAUGACGGCGGGGGCACGCGCCAAGUCGCAGGAGGUGCUGCGCAACCUGACGGUCCUGUACGGGCACACGCCGUGGAUCGCUGAAACCGAUCGACUCAACGACUACUAUCGCGAACUGUCGCUGGACUCAAAAGACUUCUUCAAGAACCUGCAGGCCGCCUAUCUGUACCAGUCGAUCGAAUACAAGACCAAGGGCACCACACCGGACGAUGAGAGUGACGCCGAGAACGGCUACGUGAUCAAAUCGGAGCCGUCUGACGUCAAGGUCACCUUCAGCCCUCUGCUGCAGGCCAUGAACAUCCCCUACGGCGCGCUGCAGGAGCCGUGGUACCACCACGAGAGGCCCAGCUACACCAACUCGGCAGGCCUCGGCUCCAUCAUCUACAGCGUCCUGGCGCAGCCGUUCCUGCUGCACCAUCGCACCUUCCGCACUCCCAACUGGUGGGACACCGAGACCAACAACAAGUACCAGAACUACAAGACCUGCAUCCACGAGCGCUUCAACAAGUACCAGACGCACAUCCCGCGCGGCUUCCAGAUGAACCAGGGAACGCGCAAGGUGAUGUUCAUGCGUCCGCUGGUGCAUCUCGACCCCAGUCCUUCUAUGGACUACCUGCAGGCGCAGCACUUCGCGCUGCAGCUGGCCUACAAGUUACAUAAGCGCCUGGAGGCCAAGUCGUCGAGCAGCCCCGUCCUGCUGCCCGGUAUGAAGCACACGACCACCGACCAGUCGUUCUUCCUCGCCUACGCGCAGAGUCGCUGCCAGAACAACCAACAGUACUUAGAGGUGCUACUCAACGCCGCAUUCCACAAGUUCCCGCAUCCCAAGCUCAUCAACAAUCUCGUGUUUAACAACCCGAACUUCAGGGAAGCGUACAAGUGCUCGUCCGUACCACCAAUUCAUGCCAGUCAAGAGUGCAACUUGGAGUAGGUGUGAUGCGCGCGCGCGGAAUCCGCCGCCGAUACCCAGUGCCUGGUGACUGUGUCGUGCUGGCCGGUGACAGUGCGGAUAUCUCGGCCGGCCGGCCCGCAGGUCCCAGUUCAUCGACCCGGAGCGUCCGGUGUGCAAAACCGGCGCACCGGCGGCGGCCGCGGCGCCCGUGGCACAGCCGCACCGUUAUGGGACCGGUGCGCGGUCGCGGCCCCGACCCGGCGCUUCCGCGUGGCCGCUAAAAUAGGGCGCCGCCGAUGGCCGGGUGGCGGAGGCUGCGGUCGCGAAGCGCCCACGGCCGGAGAGCGCUGUGAUUGUGGACGGACCUCGGGGCGGCACAGGGCGGCGAGCCAGCGCCAGCCCAAGCCAGACACAUAUAGAUGAACAGAGAUAUAAUGGUGCGCACGGCAGAGUGUCCGGGAAGGGGCGAUAGGCCGAGAACGCCAGGUCGGCUGAGUGCUGUGGCGCACUAGUAGUGUCAAUGGAGCUAUUUUAUGAGGUGGGUCCCCGAGUGAGUGUGAGUGUGGGCGGUGUCUGGAUGUGUGCGUCAGAUUGCGCAGCGUGAAAUGUCAAUAGUUGGAAAUAUGUAUAAGUGUCUUAUCGUGUCUUCCCAAAUCAUUGAAAUACAUAAGUGUCUACAUGA